UGCAUGUGUCAGAAUGUGGUGCAACAUAAAACAAAAACAACACAAUAGUUAUCUUUUGCUAACAUAAGAUCUUACUGAUUGUUUGGUGCACUUGGUAUUUUCAACAAAGGAGGCAUAAAAUAAAGUGUUUUAAUUUACAAUUGAAGUAACAAACUUUGAAGGAGCUGAGGAAGAGUCAAGAGUGACGUGAUAACAGAAUAAGAUGGCAGGCGUACGGACGUACACCCAGGAGUUGGAGUAUCUUCAUCAGCUUUCCCCAAACAUAUGGCAGAUCAAGAAAGGAUUUGUUCCAAACAUGAAGGUUGAGGGAAGAUUUUAUGUCAACAGUAACUUGGAGAAGCUGAUGUUUGAAGAGCUGAGGAACUCUUGUGCCAACAAAGCCAUGGGUGGUUUUUUACCAGGAGUAAAGCAGAUCGCCAACGUUGCAGCCCUACCGGGUAUAGUUGGCUACUCAGUGGGCCUACCGGACCUCCAUUCUGGCUAUGGAUUUGCAAUAGGUAACAUGGCUGCAUUCGACAUGUCAGAUCCAAAUGCUGUUGUCUCGCCAGGGGGUGUAGGCUUUGAUAUCAACUGCGGCGUGAGACUCUUAAGAACAAAUCUAGAAGAGAAAGAUGUUCAACCGGUAAAAGAACAGCUAGCUCAAGCAAUGUUUGAUCACAUACCAGUGGGGGUAGGGUCAAAAGGUGUAAUACCAAUGGGAGCCAGAGAUCUUGAAGAAGCCUUGGAGAUGGGAAUGGACUGGUCUCUAAGAGAAGGUUAUGCCUGGGCCGAGGACAAGGAACAUUGUGAGGAGUACGGGAGAAUGCUCCAAGCUGACCCCAGUAAGGUCAGCUCCCGUGCAAAGAAAAGAGGGCUCCCUCAGCUGGGGACGCUCGGUGCGGGCAAUCACUACGCGGAAAUACAGGUUGUGGAUGAGAUAUACAACGAGCAUGCCUCCAAGAAGAUGGGAAUCGAUCACGUAGGACAGGUGUGUGUGAUGAUACACAGUGGCAGUCGAGGAUUAGGUCACCAGGUCGCGACCGAUGCUCUUGUUGCCAUGGAGAAAGCCAUGAAGAGAGACAAGAUUGACGUCAACGACCGUCAGCUAGCAUGUGCUAGAAUUCAUUCACCUGAGGGUCAAGACUACCUGAAGGGAAUGGCGGCAGCGGCAAACUAUGCUUGGGUCAACAGAACGAGCAUGACGUUCCUCACUAGACAGGCAUUUGCCAAGCAGUUCAAAGAAACACCGGAUGAACUGGACAUGCAUGUCAUUUAUGACGUAUCACACAACAUCGCUAAGGUGGAGGAGCACAUCUUAGACGGAAAGCAGAAGACGCUUCUUGUCCAUCGUAAGGGAUCAACGAGAGCCUUCCCUCCACAUCACCCUCUCAUCCCUGUGGAUUAUCAGAUGACUGGCCAACCCGUUCUGAUCGGGGGUACCAUGGGAACCUGUAGCUACGUGCUGACUGGAACAGAAAACGGAAUGAAAGAGACAUUCGGGACAACGUGCCAUGGAGCUGGACGUGCCUGGUCUCGGUCUAAAUCACGACGUAAUCUUGACUACCAUCAAGUGUUGAGCAAACUUCAGUCUCAAGGAAUCUCUAUCAGGGUGGCAUCACCAAAGCUCGUCAUGGAAGAGGCACCCGAGUCCUACAAAAAUGUCACUGAUGUCGUAGACACUUGUCACGCAGCGAACAUAAGCAAGAGGGCAAUUAAGCUCAGACCCAUCGCAGUUAUCAAAGGAUAGACCUUGACUGGAGACUUUUGCAAUGAUGCUUCCAUAUUGGUCUUGUUCCCUGUGUGCAACAAUGACAUAUCAAUGCUUAUCAUCUACAAAAUUGGGGGCAGACUAUUUCCAUUUUGAAGGAAGAAGAACGCUGAGCACGACUUUCAGUAUGUGCCCUGCUUUACGUGGACGCUGUGUAUCAAUUAACUAUCGAUACUACACGACACAAAUGUAAAGCACAUUGAUUGCAGUUGAAACUGUCAAUAUUUGUUUAACUUAGUGGUCCGUCUACGUGACAGUAGCUAAAUGGCAAGAGUUGCCACAAACACUUGUGACGUGAUAUUACUUUACUAAACAUGCGCAAAAAUACAAUAUAAUAAACUGGGCAACAUGUGUUUAUAAAGUCAGGCAUGAUAUUCCAACUGAUGUUAAAUUUUCCUGAGUUUUUUUUUCCCCAGAAAAAUCAGCAAAAUUGGUAUUACUCACACACUCACUCAGUCAACCCAAAUUGUCCAUUGCUGCACGUUAGAGACGGGUAUUAAAUAGCCUGUAAAAUCUGUUAAAGGCAACGGACACUAUUGGUAAUUACUCAAAAUAAUUGUUAGCAAAAAAAAACUUACUUGGUAUCGAGCAAUGGAGAGUUGUUGAUAAUGUAAAACAUUGUGAGAGACGGUUUCUUCUUUAGUAACCUAGUUUUUUACAUAUUUUUACUUUUUUUGCUAAUAUCAAUGUGGUCUCACAACUGAUGUCUCAUGACUCAUUCAGUGUUGUCAAGGUUCACUAGGUUACUCCAUGGGGCAAAAAUAAUAUGGCUGUGUUAUGUUUUACUUUAGGCAAGAGAAUUCCUCAUACUUACAAGAGAGUUUCUCGUACUUUCUUUGUAAAUUAUUGUACAGAUGUUAAGGCCUGAGAAGUGCUGGAAUUAACUCGGGAAAAGGGAAAGUUCUAAGGAAUCUGUUUUGUUUUCGUUUUCAUUUCUGGGUUUUUUUAAAUUUGGGGUUGAACAAGGAAAAUUUACUAGAGUGGGACUCAAACCAAAAGACCUUUUGGAGUACCGAGUCGGCAUUCUACCAACUGAGCUAUCUUGUUUUUGUUUCGUUACUUUGUUUUUUUCGGGCACUAUUUAGUGCUGUUUUAGCAUGAUGGUCUCCUUUGGUAGGCAUCAUUUCAAACUUGUUCUCAUUAUAUUUUGUUAACAUUAUUUGUUCUCGUCAGAUUUUGAACAACCAAUUAUGAUUUAUUUUUUCCAAUUAAAAAUUUUUCUUAAACUCCUUGAGCCUUUCAAAUUAUUUUGAACAGGUAAAGCAGUCACCUUAUUCCUAAACCUCAUAUUUCUUUGAAUAAGGUGUUUGAUGUCGCCACCACUUGGCGGAAACCAUUAGACACACAUGCAUGACAUGUUAGAUUGUGCCACAAUUAUUUUAAAGAAAUUUUACCACAUUUUCAGACUGAAUGCUAUGUUUAUUUACUUCUAAAGUUUAAAAAUACUGUCCGCACAAUAUUAUAACAUUGCUUGCUACUGAGUCACAGUGUGACUUUAUAGAGUGAAGAUGAAAGACUUUAAGUCAAUAAACUGUAUCUUUAGUACAUUUAUGAAAUGAAAAUAGAUUAUAUAAGACUGGGCAGCCAAAGCCAUUUGACAAAAAAUUAAUGUUGAAGACAUCUCACCCCUGUGUAGUUUCUGGUCAGAACCAGUUUCCUUUCUUUAGUUAUUUUGUUUGACAACCAGGGCUCAAAUUAAGUACAGAGCUGUGAAAGUAAAAGUACAUAACAAUUUUGGCUGGUAAUCUGUUUCUGCUAAGCAGUACUAUUCUGCGCUUUGCAAGUGUUUGCCUACAUGCAGGUAGUUUUGUUUUUAGUGAAGAUAUAAAAACAGAUUACAGGCUGAUAUUUAUUUCAAAUGCAAAUCUACCCUUAAUUGUGUUUUCUUGUAAAAUAUUUUGUUAAUUUGUAUUUCACAAUAAUUAAAACAAAAGUGAUGUUAAGAAAAACAAGUGAUUUGUUCUUUCCAAUCAUGUAUUUCUUAAAAAAUUAAUAAAUAAAUGCUGAAUAAUGUUCAGU